UAAAAUUGAAUCAUUCCAAUGGUGAGAAUUUGCUGAUUCAUGCUGGAGAUGAAGAACCAGUGGUCGAGAGUUAACGUACCAACUAUCUUGAAUUGAAUUAAUCUGUAGCUGCUGAUGUUGUUAAACUCUGCAACUCUAUGAGGAAUCCAUGGACUCUGCAUCUCUAAAAUUUACGGUUCAAGGAGGAGAAGAACAGCAUGGGAUUGGGUUUUAGGCUAAAUCUCAAGUGGGGUUUUCCUAUUCAAUCCCACUCCCUCAACAAUCCACCUUCCAGGCUCUCUCUGUCUCUUGUGAGAGGCUGGGAGACUUCUUCCAACCCGGCGAGGUUGUCUUUUGUGUCCGUAAUUUCUGAGGAGAGUGAAGUUACCCACAAAGAUUCGUUGAGAGCAUAUGCAUCAACUACUCAACAAACCUUGGACAGAGAGGAUAAUGAAAUGGAGGAAAUGAAGGAUAGUACUCCAUCCACAAGCUCAAGGGAGGAAAAGGGUCCACGUUUUAAUUUGUUACUGGACAACCUUGAAAUUUUGGAGAAGACAGUUGCUGAUUCAGAUGCGCUUAGGUUGGAAAAGGAUAUACUUUUACAGCUAGGAAGGCUCGGUGCUCUGAAAUUAUUUGAUACGUGUCUAUCUAGAACCCUAGAAACUUCUAAUAUUUUUGACUUGUCUGAUGUUCACACUGAACCUAUCAUUGAGUACAACACGAACAGCAUAAAUCGUAAUGACAAUGGUGAACAUACGGUUAGUUCUGGAAAAAAGGGACAAAGAAAAUUGAGAAGGAAAAGGGCAUUGGUGAAUGCUACUAAAGGUUAUAGUCGGUCAUUGCCCUCAGAAACCAUCCAAAAGGAUAUUCAAUGGUCUAGUACUUCCUCCCUGAGAAGAACAUCAAAGUCCAAGACUAGAAGAUCGAUGAUCGCAAGGAACGAAGCUGAACUGUCCAAGGGAGUUAAGUUGGUUGCGGAAUUGGAGAGAAUCAGAAUGAGGUUGGAGGAACAGACUGGAAGAGUAUCCAGCUUAAGUUGCUGGGCAGAGGCAGCUGGAGUGGAUGAGAAAGUGCUGCAGCAGGAUCUGCGUUUUGGUUGGUAUUGUAGGGAUGAGCUUUUUAGGAGUACUCGGGGUUUAAUUCUAUACCUGGCAAGGCACUACAGGGGCAAGGGAAUAGCUGUGGAAGAUCUGCUUCAGGCAGGAUAUUUGGGUGUUCUACAAGGUGCUGAAAGGUUUGAUCACAAAAGGGGGUGCAAAUUCUCAACCUAUGUUCAAUAUUGGGUAAGAAAAUACAUGUCAAGGAUGGUGGCACAGUAUUCCAGAGGGAUCCAAAUUCCUUAUGCUUUAAACGGCAAAAUAAAUCAGAUACAGUUAGCUCGGAAAUUCCUCAAAAACAGCCAUGGGAGACACGCAGACGAUAUUGAAAUUGCAAAGCACACCGGUCUUUCUUUGGCUAACAUUAGAGCUGCUACCCAGUGCCUGAGGGUUGUUGGUUCAGUUGAUCAUAAGAAAGGAGAUUUUCAUGGUUCAAAAUACACGGAAAUAGUACCUGAUAGAUCAAUGAAGAGUCCAGGAGAAAUUGUCAUGGCGGAACACAUGAAGAAAGAUGUUCAUGUCCUGUUGAAGUGUUUGGAUUCAAGAGAAAGACAAGUGUUGGUUUUAAGAUUUGGUCUUAAUGACAACCAACCAAAGUCACUCGGAGAGAUUGGGAAGAUUUUCCAUGUAAGCAGAGAGUGGAUAAGGCAAAUAGAGAAGAAAGCAAUGGAAAAAUUACGGGAUGAAGAAACCUGUAAAAACAUGAGCUAUUAUUUGGAUUUAUAGAUGCUGAUUUGAUCAGAGAAAGACCAUGUUUCCUCUGUUCGGAAUUAGAAAGGUUUGCCUUGAUGAGUUUAGAGUCCGGCGGUGCUUGUCCUGCUGCUUCUGGAGUUGGCACAACCAAUCUUAGCGUCCGGAAUACCUGUUCUUGAAACGGAUUGCGUCAAGCAUUGCUCCUCUUCUUAUAACAAUAACAGUGUUCAAUGUGCUUGUUUUCAUCUCCCUUCUUGAGGAGUGGACGAAGAAUUAUUUGCAUGUAGAGUGGCUUGUGGCAAACGACAUUGGCAUGAUUGUAGAAAGUUUUUGUUGAAGAUGAACUUUUGAGGUUGCCCAUAUGUUGUAUUCUACUGUUUUUGUAAGAGAAUAAUAAGAGAUGUACAAAUCAGUCACUUGCCUGAA